CAGCCCAUAUACAACUCGAGGGAGCGCCCCCCCCCUUGCUAGUGGGAAUGAUGUCUAUUGGCAUUGGGUUUUGCGAUCUGGAUUGACAAGAGCUUCUGGAAGACCAAACCAUAGGUUUAUCAGCUCUGUGGAGGGCGUCCGUUCAAUUGCUGCAUGUUUUGGGAAAAGAAGAUCCAACAGGAGAGAGACGGGAAAGAGGCCAAAAUAUACGUCGGUCAAAAACCCUGUGGCCUAGACCUUUUUUCGCGACAUCUACCGUACCGACAUUCAUCGAUCCAGACAUCCGACCAAGACCCGGAUCUUCCUCGACUUCAAUUUGCCUCCCUCUCUUGUCACAUCCUCUUUUUUUUUUUUUUUUUUUUUUUUUUGCUUCUUUUGUUCGCCGCCGGGCCCGCUCGUCCUGCGCGCGCGCAACGAGAAAGGCCUCAUGCCUUCUUUUCUUCAGGUUAACAACAACGUCUCCCUCUUGACUGUCAAUAUCGCCCCGAGCACGUUUCUGGCCUCGUUGACGUUGACACUGGUAUUUCUGUCAUUUUAUCUGCCGUCCCUGUGUAUGCGCAUACCUAGGCGCUUCAUUCCUGGCACCAACACCAACUCGAGGACCUCUCGGAAGCCUUUGCCGCCCGUCCCCGACAUCGAUCCCAACGAGCUCCUCCAGGAUCUCCCACUUGUGAUUGACAACCGUGCCGCUCUUCUUCUGCACGAUCACCUCCACGAAGAGCGUCACUAUCACCUGGAGCAGCGCCGGCGCAGCAGUUCCAAGUCUUACUCCUCGGCUGCCGGCACUAGCACCAGCACACCCACCACCCCCACCAAGAAGAAUGAUGCAGAGCGACCCCUUAGACGCCUCACUGCAAGAUUUCGAGCAGCCUUUGUCCCCACCAGGUCAUCGCCGGAUGGCAAGCGAUCCAGCCGACACGGAGAGCAUGACGGACAGCGCCUCGAACGGCGGCUACAGCCCGCCCGCCUGGAGGCGUCUAGGAAACGGGGACAGGUCGUCGGGCUUCUGGCGCAGUCCUGACCACUUCCUCAAGGCUCCCAUGGCCACCACUUCGGGUUUUGGCACCGCCGAUUGCUCGGGCUCGGGCGGUCGCUUGCACCAUCGCUUCUCGUCGAGGGAUCCGUCAGUUGAUAUCGACGACGUAGACUUGGGUUUCAGCGACGGCGAUGAUGCCCUUCAACAGGCUAUUAGGACCAGGCUGCCAACGGGCUCCGUCAGUCCGGAGAAGGAGAGGAGCCCGGAACCGGAAUUUACGAGCCACACCAAUGCGACGACCAUCAAAUUCGAGUCGCGGGAGAGUGACCGGCGCCUAGGCUUUGCUGCUGGCGCUGGGGAUUCUCACCUCGCACAUAGUCAAACCGAAUUGGCCGAGAAAAGACCAGAUAAUUUCAUACGUUUUGCUGUCAGUGCCGAGAUGCAACAAAAAACGGAACCAAUAGAGAAUGCCUACAACUUUGUCACCAAAAAGUACCGGGCCAUGACCAAGACAUGGUUCCGCUCAGUCUGCUCGGCCGUCUUGUCCCUGAUGCUCAUUGCCGCCUUGCGUUCGCUGUUUGGGACUCCCGACUCGAGGCCCGUCCCGGACCUGGUCAAGGUUGCAGGCAUAGCACGUGCUUUCGAGCCCCUAAUUUACUAUUCCGAGAAUGGUGUGCAGCAAGUCGGCGACCUCCAGGCGACUGGCGUGGCCGUCUGGGAUCUGGGCGAAAGCGUACGUACCAGUAAUAUGACCUCGGCACCCAUUAUUGUGAAAGAGCUGGAUGAUUUGAGCGACAGUCUAAGGACUCUUGCUAUCGAGUUGACCAAGUUCUUCGCCAAUGUUGAUGGAGAUAUUGACGGUGUUCUUAUCGUGAUGGACUGGGCUCGCAGGGAGCUUGGCCAACUGCACCAGAUACCCGCUCCCAAUCUCUUCUCAUCGGCUUUUGAUAACGUCCACAACCUUUUAACCUCUGCUGGGGUCCUUGAAGACGCAAGAGGCGAGCCAACCCGCGCCGGCCUAAUUGCCACAUCCGUUUUCGGAAUGUCGUCCCCCCAGCGCACCCGUGCGACCGUGCAACGUACUUUCGAUGAGUUUCUCGCCGUGCUCGAAGAGGCUAUUGGCACAGAGUUGCAACACAGUGUUGCGCUCUUCGCCCUUUUCGAAGCCAUUGAUCACCAAUUCGACAACCUCGCGAGGACCGUGGCAAGGGAGACGAGCGCACAGGAUGAGAAGCACGCCGACGCUCUGAGUUCGCUCUGGUCUCGCCUCCUAGGCCCCGAUGCUGGCAGGGUUGCUAAGUACGAACGAAACCGCCUACUCCUGCAAAACUUGCGCGAAAAGACGGUUUGCAACAAGCGCGUAUUGAUAGAGCACAAUGAUCGGCUGUUAGCUCUCCGCACAAACCUGGAGAGUCUGAGGAGGAAGCUCGUGAGCCCGCUCGUGCGGUCCGUCAACUCUUCCACCCUGUCGCUCGAGGAGCAGAUCCGAGGCUUGGAUGACGCCCUGCUGUACUUGGACGGUGUACGGACCCGGCAGAAGGGCAAGUUGAUGGAGAUCUUGUACGGCGGCAACAGCGGCGGCGAGCAUGGUAGGCGGAUGAUCACGGAUCAGCAUGCUUCUCGCAAUUGAUCUCUUUAUAUUCCGAUCGGGGUCGUUCUUUGCCCAAACUUGAAUUAUAUUUCUUUGGUUUUCUUUCUGGGGAAUUUCCGGCGUUAUUAUUGCGGAGUUUUUCGGGACGGAUAUUGGUGGUGCAUCACACUGGUGAUUUUUGUGUACAAUGGGACAAGGUCCGGAAGUGUACGAGUCUACAUUACAGUUGAAGGAAGGUUGUUGGCGCAUCAUGUCAUUUCAUUGGGGAUGCAUUUUGGACAGUACCUAUUGAUCAUCAGGGCGCUUCAAACUGGGUUGAGGGACGUAGGCUCCUAUGUAGGUAUGCAUGGAAACGAAUUUUUGGAAUGAAUAAUAAAGGCGGGUUUUUUUUAGAACAACUCGGAAUUUGGACGUAGUUCAACUCGAAAUCUAUUUGAUUGC